GUCUGUUUUGCACAACACGUUCUAUGUCGCUGACAAUCCUGGUGGAUAAAAAGCUUGUUCGGACGUUCGGGUCUUGAGAAAUUACGGUGUUGCGUAAUGGAAAUAGUUUGCAACAAAAAGAUAUGCUGCUUAGCAAAGUUUAAAUGGACGAGAUGAUGCACGUUAUACAUCCUGUCUCGUUAAGACAGGAAAUUUUCUCUCGUUUCUUCGUUUGUUUAACCUUCAUCUUCGAAGAGUUUCAACAUUUUUCUCAAAAGCGUUCGAAAUACAAUGAUUAAAUUCUAUAGAUUGUUUUCUAAAAUUCUGCGGUUAUUAAUAAGAAAUUGUUGAGAGAACUCGAAAGCAAUAACUAGACUCCGGGUGUUCAUGCAAAUUUGUAAACUACAGGAAAGCGCUCAUAUCGGCGAAUGAGAUUUUUUAAUUAUUCCGCUUGUUACGGAACACUUUAUUUGCAUAAAGAUCCAUAAUUCAGCGAUCAACAGACUACAACAGUACGCUGGAAAUCUUUUUCAUUGCCGGUAAACCGUUGCGCGUCGCGUGGAAUAAAGCCGAAAGUAAUUAGCGGUUGGCCGAUGGCUCGUGCUCUCACUUCGUUAAGGUUGCUUCCUCUAAUUAAGUCCCCGGGAGGACGCGUGCAAUUAAACCAGCCUAGAAUCUAUUGUGCUGGGCCGAAGAAACGUCGGCCGCCCGAUUCUGCGGUGUUCCGCGGCGUUUCUUUCCCGCGGUGCGCCGUGCCGCUUCAGUUGUCGCAAAUCAGCGGCCAGGUCUGUGCAAUUGAGGAGAAACUCGACAUUUCUUUCCGAGGUUAUGCAAAAAUUCGCCCCCCUCCCACUGUCCGCGGCACUUUGUUUAACGACGUUUGAGCGAGUCAGUCGGCAGACAGUUCCCGGUGGCUGCCGAAGUUUGAAGGUGCUGCGCGCAGGAUCACGCGGACGUCUACCUCGUGAUGGAACCGUUCGCAGGUCUCAAUUAAUCCGAACCUCUUCUAAGCCUAGCCACCACAAUCGAACCUCGAUCGUCGAUUCUAAGAGACAAACACCCGCAUAAAAUGUAAACUCGAAAAAAAAGGUUCGCAACUCGAGGACAACGUGACCAAAAAAUGGCACCGUGUUCCCCUACGAUCAGUGCAUAAAAGUGUCCAGCGAACUUCCUGAUAGAAAGUGUCCUCAACGAUGAAACUUAGGACUUUCUACGCUCUGUGUUGCCUGUGCUUAUUGCGCUCGCUGGCUGCCGAAGAGAACCGCGGACAGAACCCUGCAACUUUGACCAUCGCGCAAUCGUUGGACUCGCAGAAGCUCAACCUGUAUUUGGACGAGAGCAAUCCGCGCGACAAGCGGGCCUUGGGUCUGAUUCUCUCGGGCCUAGCGCAGGUUUUCGGCUACGACGUCAGCCCCAUUCAGGUAGCCUCGUUGCCCAAUCCAGAGCCGCCCACGGUGAUCGCGUUAUCCGCGACCAAUCAAACGCAACAGGCCGCUAAUGCGUCUGGCUCGUCGACGACAGUCUCGCCCAGACAGCGGGAGACGAUCAGAUUCACCGGUGUCUUAAACUUUGGCAACAACGGCAGCUUGCAGAACCAGCUGCAGGAGUACGAGCAGAUCUUCCACGGGGCCGGCAAUGCCACGAGCCCCACGAACGCAACCACCCCGACAACAGCGGCGCCGACUCUGGACCAACGCCAGCCGUUCCUGGUGAACAUCCCGCUGCCGGUGAUGCGGCAGCCGCCGCUGCCAGAGAUUCCUCCGCAGGACAUCAUGCUGUCCUAUCCGCCGAUCGUCCCUAUCCGAUACGUUCCCGUUCAGACGCAACCGGGAACGGUAAAUAGGAAGAACGAGAGCUCGACGAACCAGACGGUAGGAAGUCGACCGGCUCAAAACGGACAGGAAGUGAAAUCGCCGCCGACGCCGGUCGGUUUCGCUUCCACGAGCGAACCGCCAUGGAAGAGGGAAUACGAGGAGAGACUGGCCGAGCUGGAACGCAAACAAGCCGAGCAAGCCGAACGACUGAGGCAGCAGGAGCGAUUCAGGACGCGGGUGAAGGAUGACGAUUAUAACAACAAGGAUCACAAGUGGAGCGACGGGAAAGGGACAGAGGACUCCAGAUGCAACGACAAAGAAAAGGACAGCUACAGUGACGCCUAUUCUUCGGCGGAGGACGAUGGUUCUUCGGAGAAGUACCGAGAUAGGAGUCCGGACGAGUCGCAGGAGGACGAGGACGACGGGAGUCGAGACUACGAGGACCAGAAGCCGCUGAAACAGCAGGAAGAGUUACCGAUCAGUGAUAACUAUACUAACGUUCCGUUCGAGACCCUGCCGAUCACCGGGGAUCACGAACACCAGUGGCCCGAGGAGCUCAGGAACAGUUACGGCGAGCUACUGAACAGCAGCGAGUUGGCUGACGGGUUUGCUAACUUCUUCAAUCAGUUUAGGGAUAGCAAUUUGUAUCCAUUGCCAGGCGGCCAGGAUGCUAAGGAGGCCUUGAAGGAAGGGGAUUAUUCGAAGGAAGACGAAGACGAGAGCGGUGAGAGGAGAGAGGAGAUCGAUCUUCCAGCGAGGAACAAGUACGAAGAGUACAGCUUGGAGGACGACGGGGACACGAAGAGGAAGGGCGAUGAUAAGAACCUUGAAGAAGACGCGCCCGACCAGCCGGUCAAGCUACCGAACAAAUUUUUACCAGCUGGAGGGAAUCGAUCUCGGUCGGGUGGAAAGUCGAACGAAGAAGUAGACUACAGCAGCUUCAUGCCUCUGAUCGUGCCUGCUAGGUACGUCUCCGUCCCCGAGGACGCGAAGAUUGCCAAGUCCAGAGUAGCCACGAUCGAGAAACCGAACAGAGUUAAGGUAGCCAACAAAGACAGCGGCAAGAAGAUUCAAGGCAAAGAUUCGAGGAACCCGAAGAAGGACCUGAAGCCGAAACCGAGUAUCUUAGAUAGACAGUUGCCGAAGAAGCUUCACGAAGGCGAGCAGAAGGAACUGCAGCUGUGGCCAGCUCCGUUUGAUUUCGUGCUGGAUGGCACCAUCCAAACGGACGAUGUUUCAGGGAAGCUGGGGCGCAGAUUCGUCAAGGCGCCGGUUGUCGCUCGUAAAAUUGAGUCCGGGAAUGGAAGAAUGAAAGAGGCCCGGAAACUCGAAAGACACGCGACUGCUGAGAGUCCAGGUCAGAGGAGUCGUGUGCCUUCGGAGAACAACUCUUACGAGUUAUUCAAGGAAGGCCAUAAACCUCGCACAGUGUCUUCGAGGCCUUCCGAGCCAAUAAAGAGAGACAACCGAAAGAAAUCCGAAACUCCGAAUAUGAAACAACUGCUUCGAGGUCCUCCUCAGAGUGCAGAGACAAAAGACCACUGGGACCGCUAUAAGUAUAGUACGAACGACGACUAUGGCGUCACGAGCCGAUCCAUCAUCGAAGUUCUGCCACACGCUCGGCAAACGUCGAGUUCAUUCUCGAAGAGGUUCGAGGGUCUGAAGCGCAGCAUCGGAAAGAUCGAGCCUGUCUCGGAAAGCUACUUCACUGAGAGACCUCCUGCGGAUAACAUGAAGUUGUCUGAUGCGAGGAAUCCACGAGGGUUUCAAAUUGCGGUGCCUAAGUACACGCCACCGACUUCGUAUGAGAGAUCAGCGCCAGGAUAUUAUCAUUUUCCUGCGAUGAAUUACCAGGUCCAAAAAAUGGAGAAUGAAAGAGCAGUUAGCGUCAUUGCGCCGCGACAGGACGGCAUUAGGCAUGACGAAAGUUUCACGAAAUAUGCCAGUGAACCAGAAAACAGAGGCGAGAAAGUCGCAGCUGGAAGUUACUCGGCUGGCGAGCUCGAUGUGGGUGGUUUAGGACAGAAAGAUGUCGAACUGAACAGGCCAAUUAGUUACUUUAAUUACGUUCACAUGCUGUAAUCAUUUGGAGCGGCAAUAUUUAUCUCAGUGAUAUCCAAUACGAACGGGACAGAAGAGACGAGAUGCAGAGACGUACCGAAUUGGAGAACAAGAUGUCCGAAAUUCUGGAAAAUUUGAAGACUCGUUUGCUUGUC